AUGACCUUCUUCUCCCACCGCCGUACAAGGGCAGUGAAACCCUUGGGGAAGGGAAAUGGAAUAGAAAAAGGAUUUCUUUUCUCAUUUCAGUCUUCACUUAGGGCUGAGUUCUGCCUUCUCCAGUUCUCCUUCUGGUCUCACGACUCUCACUGCCUCAGACCUCAGUCUCGAUCUCCCUCUCUGCCGACAGGCCCGACACCCACGGGCCACGGCCCACCCCACCCGGCCACCCCCACCCCACGCCAGUACGCCACCCAGCCCCACCCCACCCGGCCACCCCCACCCCCACCCCACACCACCCAGCCCCACCCCACUCUCUCCGACCGGCGACCAGAUCUCCGAUUCUCCGGCCAGUCCUCUCCUCUCCUGCUCUCCACAGUCCACUCCACCCGAUCUUGCAGCCGAUCGACACUCUGCCACUCUGGUACCGUUGUAACUGGUACCGUGGACCGUGAUCUCCAGAUUCUCCGAUCUCCACAGUCCACUCUCUUGUUCUCGUUCACAGCCGAUCGACGCCUAAAUCAGUAA